UUGCCCUUUUUAAAAACAUGCAACGUUUUGACAUUCGAUAAAUCGAACAACAAACACAACGUAGUCAGUGUUCAAUUAAAAUGGGUGUGAUUUAACAGUAAACACGUACCAUGGCUGAAGGAAUUCAAGAGGGAUUUUUGUGUCCCAGUUGCCAUAAGGACCUUCGGUCGCCGAACAAUUUAAUAGCCCAUUUCCAGGAUCUCCAUUCAGAAGAGCAGGAUAUUUUGAAGUCUAUAAAAGACAUCUAUGGCAAGGCCAAAAAGAAAAUAUUAAAAUUGGAUGAAAAAGAUUUGGAGGUGUUCAGGAAUGAAGUGCGUUUAGAAAAGUAUUACAUUGAAUACAGUGAGCCACAAGAUCCAGGCCAAACUAAUAACCAUACUAAUUACUUCAAAACAGUACGAAGGGAUAGACUGGACCAUCGUACAACUGAAACCAACAAAUUGGUCAUCAGGCUGGACAGACUAUUGAGAUUUUUUGGUUCAGAUAGAAAACAACAAGAACAGGAACUUGUGGCAUGGCUGGACGGGUCCACAGUAACAAGGUGCCCCUCUUGUGCCUCUUCCUUUAACAUUACCAGAAGGCAGCAUCAUUGUAGGUUAUGUGGGAGCAUUAUGUGUCACUCAUGUUCAUACUUUUUGUCCUAUGAGGCUGCCCAAACAAUUAUUGCUCCUGUUCAUAGUGGAACAUUAGACUCAAGUCAGAGCAGGGACUCUGAAAAUUUGAGGAUCUGUAAUCAUUGUAUUGAAAUGUUGGAGUGUCGAAGGAAAGUGCAAAUUGAACAGAUGGUUCAACCAAUUAUUUGUCAAUUAUAUGCCCAUUUGCAGAACAUGAAAGUGCAAAUACAAAGUUCUGUUGAGACAUAUCUUAAGGUUUAUAAUUCUUUAACAAUGGGAGAAACUAUAUACAUCUUGCAAGACGCCCAAAAUCUUAGGACCACAAUAGCCAGAAAAGCAGAAAUGAUAGAUACACUAAGCAAAAAAAUAGCAUCAAUGCCAGUUGACCCCGAUAGCCCAAAACAAGCAACUCUACAAAAUAACAUAAGAAAAGCGAUAUCCAUGUAUAUAAAAGACUACCUCUUAACACUCCCCGCACCUCCAACGACUGAAGACUUGGAACGCUUUAGGAGGGAACGUGCUGCUAAAUUUGUAGACGAUGAUUAUGGACACACUCCUAAAAACAGCAUUAAGACUGUGACAGUGACCACGGGUUGGACGCCUACCAAUGUUGCCUCGGAGAACUCGGGGCAGUCCGAUGAAAAUCCCCUAAUUGAGCAAAUUAAUAUAGUGAAGAAUUAUAUUGAACAGGCCAGGCAAGCCCAGAGGUUCGAUGAAGUUGCCUCGCUGCAAGAGAACUUGAAAAUGUUGAAGGAAAGCUACAAACGUCAAGUUAUGAACACCGACAAGUGAAAUGCACUACUUCAUAUUUAAAAUAGCAUUUAAUGGAUGUACUGUUUUACUUUCCAAGCAAUGUGAAUUAAUUGUGUUGACAUCUUAAGCCAAAGAGUAUAUAACUACUUAUUUACUUAUUUAUUUUACAGUAAAGUAAAUGCAUUUUAUAUAAAUGAUAUUUGUUAUGCUUCUAAAUCUGUUUAUUGUAUAUACAUAUAUAAAAAUAAAUGUUCUCAAAAAAU